CGUAAUUUUCUUUCCGCCGCGAGUCGCGGCGCCCGCUCGUGGCCGGUGCGCGCGUCCGCAACCGCAACCGCCGCCACCGCCUUCCCUCUUCCAAAUCCUCCUUCUGCGCUCGCAGUCCUGCUGCCACUUUCCCCCCAUUCCUGUCUGGCCAUCAUCCCCCCGCGGCCCUCUGCUCUGCUCUCUCCUGCCAUUCCACCUGCUGCCCGCUGCUGUGCGUCGCUCGCUCACCACCACCAGUCGCCGGCACCCCGUGCGGCGCUCGCUGCCAUCCCGCGGAGGAGGAGGAGCACGCGUGUCCGAGCCUUCCGUUCCGCGUCGCAUGGACUCGUGCUGUCGCCAGCCGCCUCCAACCGGGUGCCUGCCUAACCGGCCGAUUUCCUUCCUUGCGUAGCUCCAUUCCACUGCACAAAUAGCGCGCCACUUUCCCAAUUCCCCGUCGCGUGCCCGCCCCCUUCCGAUCCUGGCCACUCUGUUCGUCCUGUGGCGUCCGGCAGGGCGGAGGUGAUCGGUGAUGGAGUGGGGGGACAGGGCCAAGGCCUCCGCCGCCGCCGCCGCAGCAGCAGCAGCGGCGGCGGCAGCAGACGAGAGGUCCGCGGUAGGUGAAGGACUCGGGGGAUACGUCAAGGUCAUGACUGACGAACAGAUGGAGGUGCUCCGCAAGCAGAUCUCCAUCUACGCCACCAUCUGCGAGCAGCUUGUCGACAUGCACCGCACCCUGACCGAGCACCAGGACACCAUUGCAGGAAUGAGGUUUAGCAAUCUGUACUGUGAUCCUCUAAUUAUCCCAGGAGGUCACAAGAUCACAGCAAGGCAACGAUGGCAACCAACACCAAUGCAGCUGCAGAUCUUGGAGAACAUCUUUGACCAAGGCAAUGGAACACCAAGCAAGCAGAAGAUAAAAGAGAUAACAGCAGAGCUCUCGCACCAUGGCCAAAUCUCGGAGACAAAUGUUUACAACUGGUUUCAGAACAGACGGGCACGGUCAAAGCGGAAGCAGGCUGCUUCUUUACCAAACAAUGCUGAAUCUGAAGCUGAGGUGGAUGAGGAGUCUCUCACCGACAAGAAGCCGAAGUCAGAUAGGCCGCUCCAGGAUCACAAGGCUAUGGGCGCUCACAGUGCUGACAGGAUCUCAGGGAUGCAUCACUUCGACACAGAUCAUGACCAAAUCGGUGGCAUGAUGUAUGGAUGCAAUGACAAUGGCUUGAGAUCGUCUGGCAGUUCAGGCCAGAUGUCCUUCUACGAGAACAUCAUGUCGAAUCCAAGAAUCGAUCAUUUCCCGGGGAAGGUGGAGAGCUCCCGGAGCUUCCCCCAUCUCCAACACGGUGAAGGCUUUGACAUGUUUGGAUGACAAGCUGCUGCGCUGAGUUACCGUGUAAAAAGUGAAGGUUGACACAGCGUGCGUUCAAUUUGCUGACAUGAAAGUUUAUCUCGGA